CUCAUGUCAGAGGCGGUUUAAUUCUGAGUGCAGGGAGCCGACUCGGUAAGGAAUCAUUCACGGUGGAAAACGGUACCUAAACAGCAGGCAUGGCUGCGAUCAGAAAGAAGCUGGUGAUUGUGGGUGAUGGAGCCUGUGGAAAGACCUGCCUGCUCAUUGUCUUCAGUAAAGACCAGUUCCCUGAGGUCUAUGUGCCCACUGUCUUUGAGAAUUACGUAGCAGACAUUGAAGUCGACGGCAAACAGGUGGAGCUGGCACUGUGGGACACUGCAGGGCAGGAAGACUAUGACAGGCUGCGCCCCCUCUCCUACCCUGACACUGAUGUCAUCCUCAUGUGCUUCUCCAUUGACAGCCCGGACAGCUUGGAGAACAUCCCAGAGAAGUGGACCCCUGAGGUCAAGCAUUUUUGCCCCAAUGUUCCCAUAAUCCUUGUGGGUAACAAAAAGGACCUGCGCAAUGAUGAGCACACACGCCGGGAGCUGGCUAAGAUGAAACAGGAGCCAGUGAAACCAGAAGAAGGGCGGGACAUGGCAAACCGGAUCGGUGCUUUUGGCUACAUGGAGUGCUCAGCAAAGACAAAGGAUGGCGUGAGGGAAGUGUUUGAGAUGGCCACCAGGGCUGCACUGCAGGCGCGGAGAGGAAAGAAGAGCAACAAAUGCCUUCUGCUGUAAAGGGCUGGAGAGGGCAGUGCCCCCCCAGACACAAACUGACUGUGUCCCUGGCUCCUGCUCAGGGAGAUUCAUCACACAGACAGUCUUUUCUUUCUUUUCUACCUGUUUUUAAGAUGGUCAUGGAAACGUUUCAGUAUUUAAAGAAGGGAACUGGAGAAAGACGUUUUAGUGCUUUAUUGCGUAUCUACCAUACAACGUGCCAACCUGCCUCGUGUGACCUGUGUGGUCAGGUGACCUAGGCAUGGUGGUCAAAGGGGGCUGGCCCAGUGCCCACUGAUGUCAGAUCUGCCAAUCAAGUGCUUGACCCUGCCCCUGGCUCCUUGGAAUGUUUUACUCAACUAGUAUUGUGUUUCCUGCUUUACCUGUAGUCUUUAUGUACGAACACUUUUAAAAUAGAGGGAUCAGAUCACAGAUUUACAGGAACAAAUACUGUAUACAAAUAUGUAUGUGUAUAUAAAAAGCAUAUGUGCAUAUAUAUACAUAUGUACA